CAUGUUCGGACCUUGUGAUUUUUUUGGAUCGUGUCUUGAAAAUUUCCAAGACUUUGCUCUCGAAUUAUAUCAUUAAUCGAAAACUGGCGUUGGGGCAUUACUCUUAGAGAGGCCUGUAGCCAAAUAUUGAAGGAAGGAAGGAAGGAUCUUUACCGCCAUUUUUCAGGUUAUCAUCCCGUGCGCCAAUCACGUGGAGACCUGCCAAUGGCCAGUCUCUGUUUGAGAGUCUCUACGUGAAAAUUGGUGUCAGUCAAAACGUAUAGCGUGGCCGUUCUCAGGUUUCUCCCUGAUUUUAUAAAGAAAGCAGAUCUUUACAAAGUCGGUUAUAAAAUCAGCAAACGCAAAGAGAGACUAAAAGUUUUCGCACAAUCAACGAUUGUAUAAAAUGGAUAAAGACAUCAUAGUUACCUGUCCGUAUAACAAAGCACAUCGUAUCCGUAAAUUUAAAUUAAUGACCCAUCUUAUGAAGUGUAAGAAACAACAUGAUACACAGGACAAAGUACUAUGUCCACUGGAUAGUGGUCAUGUAGUAGAUCAUAAUGCUGUAAAGGAUCACCUUUCAUCUUGUUCAAACCUCUCAUACUUGAUAGAUACAAACAAUGUAGAGGAAAAAAUAGAUGUAGCAUCUUCCAUGAAUGCAGAUACAUACACUUCAGUUGAAAAUUGGAAUGAUAUGCCAGAAGUUCCAACUUAUGAUGCAAUGACAAAUGCAGCUUCUAGAAAAGUGAUACGAUGUGUAAAUGGACUGACAAAAUCAGAACGGCAAAAAUUUAGGAUGAAUGAACAAGAUCGCUUUAAAAAACUUAAUGAUGUUAAUCCUACUUUCGAACGCUCUCGAACUUCGCGAACUAAAGAAAUGAUUCGCAAGAUGGCAAUGCAUCCUCUGUAUGAUAUUACAGAGGUUGAAAACAGUAUAAAAGUCAGCCAAAAAAUACCCAACAAAAGUACACAGGAACAAGAUUCUAAUGCAAAUUCAACUAAUGAAUUUCGAGAUAUAUUUCAAAAAACAUUAUAUGAUGAAUUACUUCCUGAUUAUAAACCUGAUGAAAGUUGGAAAGAUAGUAAAUUCAUCAUUAAUGAAAGUAAACAUGUGAAAUCUAAAGAUUGUGUAAAAAUAAAUACCCAGCAGAAACUAACAGAAUGUUUUUUGGCUGACAAUGACACGUCGUACAAGUCUUUUAAUGAUCCGGGUCCAUCUGGAAUAUCUUUAAAAAGGGAAAGUAGAAAAGAAAAAAGUCUUUUGCUUGUUGAUCAAAAUCAAGAAGCAAAAAAUAAGGAGGAACAAGAAAAUGUAACUGAGGGAAGUUCUGUUUUUGAUACAUUCAGUGUUAAUACUUCGAAGAGAGAAAUUGAGUGUACUGCGAACACUCAUGAUGUGAAUACUUCGAGUGAACGAGUUACUGAUAAGUUGUUAAAUUUAUUGAUGGAAAAGACGGAGAAAAUAGAACUUGCAGAAAAAACAAAAGAAAACGAUAAAAAUAAUGAAAAAGAUGAGAACGAUAAAAAUAAAGAAAAAGAUAAAAAAUAUGAAAAUAAAAACCCUUGUUUAGUAUGGGAAAACAUGAUAUGUAAACUUAGUGAUCGAUUGGAUGAUCUAACAAAUGCUCAAACCAUUGCUGCGGAACAAAGCGCGCUGUUAGCCAAAGAGGUGAGUGAUCUCAAGCAGAUGAAGAGAUGUUGUAACACUCAGUUACCUGGAAUGUUGAAUUCGCGUUGUGCUGCUAAUUUUACUGAACGAGUGUCACCGUUACAUCCAACACAUACAAAGAAUCAUAAUGUGUCUCAAGAAGCACCUACAUCUUUGGGAAAUGCACCGAACUCGUACAAUGCAAAUAGAGAUGACGAUAUAUUUAAUUUAAGAGAUAACAGUAAAUUGCCUGAACUUAAAACUCCAAAAGACUUCAGUCACUGUUAAGAUAUAUGUUGUUAAGAUUUAUCAUUAGGAUAUACUUAUGUUUCUAACUAAUCGCAUAUGUUCUAUUUUUUUAUCAAUAAUUGAAUGUAACUUUGGAAUAUCUCAAAACGAAUCUACUUGUUCCUGGGGAAUAUUUUUUAUAAGAGAAAUGCAAAUGACUAUACAUAGAAUAUUUUAAGUUUAACAUGUUAACUAUUACAAAGAUUACUUAUAAUUAACAUGAUAUUACCGUAUAUUAUUAAUUUACAUGUAAAAUAUAACUAUACACUUAACGAUGUGUGUAAUCGAAAGAUAAAAAGUAGCUAACAAAUAUACAUCAUAGAAAAUGUA